GCCAAGUGAUGGCCGCUUGGAAAUAGAUAGGUGGCGAUAAAAUAUUUAUUUAAAUUUGUGUUGGGCCGUGCUACAUUGUUAACAUAGUUCUGCGUAGCAGUUCAUGAUAUUGUGGUCAAUUCUGAUCGAUUUGUUUGGAAUUACGAGUGCUGCUGCUGUUACACGAGUGCAGAGAUUCGGUCCGUGGUUAUCGUGAUCGAUUCAAGAGGCUAUUUCGGUCAUAAUUGUUUUGAUACUGAAGAAAAUAUUAGACAAUUGAAUCUAGUUUAUUCCUAGUUCAAAGGACAGAUACUAUUUUAACGAACAUGGCCUCAUUAUUUUACAAAAUUUUGUUAACAUGUGGUAUCUUAUCACUUCUCCACACUGCAUAUUCCGCGACCCAGCAUCGGUCCUACCUGCGGCUGACUGAGCAGGAGUUCACAUCUCUGCCCAUUGACAUCAUCAUCCAGGGAGUUCUGAGUCUCAUACUCAGCAUGUAUGCAAUACUCUUCAUAGCUGGAGAGUUCAAGGAGAUCCGUGCCAAUGUCGACCUCCAGGAGAAAACGUGGGACACGGUCGGCCACCGUCCGUCGUUCAUGGUGCUCUCCCACCGGGGCCGCUGUCUGACGGCCCACUACCCGGCUGUGGUGGAUGACUGACGACCCGGAGACUCCCCACCGCCCACACGCCUGCCUCUGCCUCUGCCGCCGCCGCCGCCGCCGCCAUCGCUCCGCUAGUCACGUGCGCGCGCGCGCCAGAGCCGCCCGGCCAUCGCGAGCCGGCCGUCGGCGGCUGAUGUGAUCGCCAUUCCGAGACUCCGGGUGUGGCGCCGAGCUGGAGAGACGUAAGGUACCCCGCGCGGGGCCCCGGCCCGUAGGCAGCACGUGCGAACGAUGCCGCUCCCGGUGAGUGUUACCGCCGGAAGGCUGAACAAAGCCGGGUCGAUUGAGACAAUUGUGUAUUAUUCAAUGAUUUUCCGCGAGCACCACCCUGUUUAUUCCCCGCGUGUGUGUGUGUGUGUCGAGUGCGUUAAAGGUGACUGAUGUUCCGCCGUGAUGGACGGGUGUUGGUGGGUAUGAUUGGGUGUCGUCCGGUGUCAGAAUCACGUGUACUCACUGAGGAAGGGUAGGGUUCGGUUCCCACGAGCCAGCCUCGUAUAGGUCAAUACAAUACUGAGAUGAGGAGCUCGUGCA